CCAGUCUUCUCUCUCUUCCCUCUCUCUCUCUCUCUCUAGCUUCUCUCUCUAGCUUCUCGCCGUCUGCGAAGUCCCAGCGCGCCGAGGAAAGCGCGGAGGACGGCGGAGAUGGAGUCCCUGGAGGAUCCUUGUGAUACAUGUGGUGACUUUGGUUUUGCUGAGUUGAUGGCAACCUGCUCAACUUGUCCUGCUCGGCAACAUAUUUACUGUGCAGCACAAGUUAUGCAUGAAGUCCCUGAAGAAUGGCAUUGUGAAGAAUGCCAAUUUCCGGACGAAGCGAAUAGGUCAAUGUUUCAUUUGGAAGAAGAAUCCAUUGCAAUGGUCCCAUCACUGACCAGUAGAGAAGGUCCAAAAAGUCAAAGAAAAUCCAAAGUGAAGUUUCUUAGUCCUGAAGAAGUCAUCAAGUUAUCAUUGGGGGAGAGGGAGAGACCUUCUGUGAGCCAUAUGUGCCUGAAACCUAAUGCGGCAUCUAGUGCCCGGCAAAAUCCAUUGAAGUCCAAGGUCUUUGCUUCAAAGUCCCUUGUGAUGGAAAAAGGCAAUCAUCAUUUAGUGUCUUCAGGUUGCCAACAUCCAUUAAAAAGUCGAAGCUUGAAUAUAGUUUCGUCAAUUAAUCAGCUGCGUCAAAUCUCAGCAGCAAAAGAACUGAAAGAUGGGAUGAACUUUAUUUCAGGCAAGAAGGAUCUUGUUCCGCGGCCAAAGAAGCAUGUUGAUGAGGAUCAGUUGAUGUUUAAAAUGGAAGCAAAGGAAGAAUCUAUGAAACUUGUGUCACCCAUUUCACCAUCCAGAUGUUCUCAACGCUUUGAUAAAUCAGAUGGGAUGAACUCUAUUUCAGGCAAGAAGGACCUUGUUCCGCGGCCAGAGAAGCAUGUCGAUGAGGAGCAGUCGAUGGAUAUUGAUGAAUUUUUAUUAGAAAGGGAAGCAAAGGAAGAAUCUAUGAAGCUUGUGUCACCCAUUUCACCAUCCAGAUGCUCUCAACCCUUUAAUAAAUCAGGAGAUGACAAUGAUGCUGCUGCAGAAUAUGGUUAUUCUUUUGAGGAGAUUAGAUUCUUACACCAUAUUCUACCUAAACUUGGAGUAUAUUGGCCUUAUCUUCCUGCCCUAUGUGCAACAUGGAGCGGAAGCUUGAAAUUUCCUGGUGAUGCUAUCCACGAUGAUAGCAGCUAUUCAUUCCAUGCGCAUCCUCCGUGUAGUGUUCAUAGGAAAGCAUAUGAACUUUCACUGCAAAUGCCUACGGAGAUUCGUUUGGAGCCGAUCCCUCUGACCCAAAUUUUGACAGAUAUAUUUCAAAAGGAAGGUCCUGAUAUCGGUGACAUUGGAUUGUACUUUUAUCCAGCUGAUACUGUUAAUAGGCACAUUGCGAAAUAUUCUGCCCUUGUUCGACUUAUGGUUAGCCAGGAGUAUGCAAUGAGAGGCCUUGUCAAUGGCGCUGAGUUGCUGAUAUUUACCUCAAAAGAAUUACACGCAGAUUCACACUUAUUUAUUGCGGGAUUGCAAAGUGAAUACUUCCUGUGGGGAAUCUUCCACAGUGCUAAGAGUACUCUUGCUUGUAAAAGUCUGCAUGAGGAGCUCGAUGUCCAUCCACCUCUUUCUGUUGUGGACCACUCAAAUAAUGGGGAGAGAGAGAACAUUUACCCAAUGCUUCAUGCUGAUUGAUCCUAUGUAUAAUUCCAAGAGUUGGCCAGAUGCACGUGUC